AUCUGACCAUACCUGGAGUUGUUCAAUCGCCUGCAAUCUGCCACUCAGCAACGUCUCAUAACGACACUAAACAACACUUACACAACAAGUCUGCAAUAAACCGGAGGCUUAUCGAUAUUGAACCCACGCAGCCAAGUCGGCGUUCCUGCAUCUAUUCAAUAGUCUACUUGUUGCUAUUCCUUGAGUCUUGGCAAGGUCUGGGCCGUUCUCAACUUCUGGUAGGCCGAAUACCUUACACGAACAGCUGCCUGUCGCCGAACAGGAAACACACAGCAUGCCAUCACAGGAGUCUCGUUCAUCGGAGGACAUCUCCGAUACCAUAUCGCAGGAGCCGAUGCAAUGUCACGAAAAGCGAAACGACGAUGAUGCGAACCAAGAUCGGCCAGAGACAGCUCGGAAUGUUUCCGAAAAGGACAAGGACAACACCGAGGCGUCAAGUGCGGAAUCAUCGGCCCAGAACCCGCCGUCGUCUAGCGAAGAAUGGCUCAUUAAGCGGUUCUGGGGUAAACAAGUCAGCGUAGUAGUGGAAUUUGAGACUUGCCGCGACCACCUAGCGAUCGAGCGAACAUUCCUAGGAUACCUUCGCACAUCACUAGCUACGGCUGUUCUCGGGACCAUGGUAGCGCAGCUCUUCGCCUUGCAGGCGUUAGAUACAGGCUUUGGAUAUACGGCCGUGGGCAAACCUCUUGCUACCUUGUGCUACAGCUUCUCAAUCUGUAUCGUUUUGCUUGGAGCGUUCCGAGCCUGGAGGCUCCAGCAUGCCAUGUUUGCCGGAAAGGCAUUAGCCGGAGGGUUCGAACUAACAACGCUCGCGUUGGGGUUCUUGAUUGUAUGUUGCUCCGACACUAUCACGCAAUGUUAGCAAUCUGCCAGUGGAAGAUGACCACUUUGCUAACGCGAUCUUAGUUGUCGUUGGUCUUCUUCGGC